ACAUGUAUUUUUGUGCAGCAAAAAAAUCUAAAAACAACAUAAACAUAAUUCACUCAUACUCAUUACAAUAAUCGCUGGAAUAGUAACAUCCUUCUUUUAUUGUUUCAAUGCUCUUUGUCACAUGUGUUGCUUUUGUUUUUUGUUCCAACAAAUCUUUUUAAGAAGUUUGCAAAGCAUUUAGUCAACUGUUUUGCACAAUUACACUUUUGAUUUCCACUUGAUUGGAAGCGUACAGGAGAUUUGGCACUAUAUAACUUUUACUAACUUGCACCUACUUGUCAUCAUAUUAACAUUUGUAAAAUAAGUAAUACUAACAUCAUAUUUUCUUUUAGAUAUUUGAGAUGUUCCAGCGAGGAUCAAAGUUAUUUUACAAUGUUACCAAGUCCCUUAAGCCAUUUAAUAAUGUGAAAAUGUUAUCCUUGUUAUCCAGAACACAUUUGGUUGCUGCAUCUAACAUAAGUGUUAAAUCUAGAGCAGUGCGAGCUGGUCCUAUUAACCAGCAUUUCUUUUGCAGCACUCACAAUUCACAGUAUUGGGACUAUUCUGAACAGCAUGGUCCUGGAGUUUGGGAGAAAAAGUGGAGAGUUUGUAAAAAUCAAUCACCAGUUCACAUUGUGACUGAAGCAGCAAUAUACGACCCGACUUUGAAGCCAUUCCAGUUAAACAAAUCUCUGGUGCCUGUGCAUGUACUUAAUAAUGGUGUAAACCUUUCAUUCUGUCCUGUGGUUGAACCAAAACAAAUUCUUUUGAGUGGUGGUCCCUUGAAACAGUCAUAUCAACUUGCUGAAUUUCACUUUCAUUGGGGUGGUGUAAACAGUUGUGGUAGCGAGCAUUCACUUGAUGGUAAAAAGUUUACUGCAGAAUUACAUAUUGUUCACUGGAAUUGUGCCCUUUAUGAAACAAAGGAAAAGGCUCUUUCAAGCACCAAUGGUAUUGCUGUAGUUGGCGUGUUUUUAGACGCACAUGAAUCUCAUGACUGCCAUGCGUCCUUUAAUGACCUGUUAAAAAUGGCUGCAAAUGUUCCAUAUAAAAAUGAUACCUUUUCUUCAUCAAGUACCUUUACACCAUAUGCAUUGCUACCAGAAAACACUGAAAAGUUUUUUACUUAUCCUGGCUCACUCACAACUCCACCUUUAACUGAAAAUGUCACCUGGACACUUUUUCGAGAGCCUUUAAAAGUAUCUGUGCUGCAGUUGGAAAAAUUAAAUCAGUUUAAAGCUGUUUCAGAGAAUGAAAAAGAUAAACAUCAUACUGUCGAUUUUUUCCCUCGCUGUGAUGGUGAAAUUCCGCAACCACCCAACAUAAGCAACAACUUUCGACCCAUUCAACCUUUGCAUGAUCGAAUAAUUCGAGCAUCGUUUAAAACAAAAUAAUGGUAAUGUAAUCGUGUUCGUAACAUAGUGUUAGUAAGUGUACAGCUCAAAAUCGAUAUUUUUGUUUCUUUUAAAUGGUUGGUGUUGACUUUAUUGGCAGGAAACGUUUUUUACCUAAAUAUUAAUAAACCAAAGUUGUAGAUGUAAAAUUACUAAAAGUAAGCAGGUGAAAAGGCUA